AGAUGGAGUUUGGCAAUUAUCAAGUACAGUACUCACUCAACAUCGCGCAUCUCACAGUGACUGCGUGCUUUCCCUUUCCCACAGCGUUUCCUCGUGGAGGCUGCCGCUUCUUUCCACACUUUGGACUUUAUUUGCAUGGGACGCUGAGGCUGCCAUCAGUCGAGCUGUGAUUUUAGUUUCCAGUCCGUUUUUCUGUUCGGAGUUGAAACAUGAGCGCGAGUGGAAACGCGAUGUUCGAGAUGCAUUUAGAGGAGGAUCAGGUUAAAGUUCUGGAGGAGAAUUUCACGAAGGUCAGCAAACACCCCGACGAUACCACGCUGAUGCUGAUCGCAGCGGAGUGUGGACUCAGCGAAGUGGAGACAGCGAAAUGGUUCAGGAUGCGAAACGCUCAGUGGAGGAAAGCAGAGGGUCUCCCUGCUGAACUGGGAUCAGUGAAGGACUGAUGGAAGAUCUUCAUGUUGUUUUUCUCUCUCUGCUCCAGUGAUUGUUCAGUAGACCAUCUCACUGUCUUUCUUUUCUUAUUUGAGUCUGAAGUCUGAUAUGGGUCUUAUUUUUUAUUUUAUUUUAUCUAAGUUGUAAUCUUUAGCAAAAUGUAUGCCCUAUAGCCUAUUUUUGUUGUCUUAACUAUUAAAUGUAAGUAAAUAAAUUAAAUGUAAGCAUCUAUAUAUAAAAUAUUACAUCUGUAUUUUCAGGGUUUGAUUUUAUGUGUUGAGUGAUUAGUAUUAAGCUUGUUUGCUUUCUCAUUGGGAGAAUCAUCUUGGAGUUGAGAAAGAUAGAAAAGCAGAUAAAGUUACAAUUAACCUAUGGCUUAAUUUAUGAACCUAAAAAAAUAACAGAAAAAAAAAGA